CCGACUUUAAAAUCUUUUCUCCACUCCAGGAUUAGAAGCUGUUGAUUUCGCGUAUUUUUCCUGGGAACAUUUGUGAUUUUUUUUUUUUAAUUUUAAUUUUUGUUUUUACAUAUUUAUUUUUGUUGCUCUUCUCCGUGGACUGACACAGGAGUUGCUCCCGUGGACAUGCGGAGAAGUGGACUAGUCAGACGCGGGCGGUGGAUGUGCUCAACGCCGGCCGUCCUCCUCAUCCUCCUCCUGGGCUUCGUCCGCGCAGGGCUCGGCCAAGCGAGAGACGAUGACGACUUCCUGAGCCUGAGCGAGCUGCCUGAGACGUUCCCGUCGGACCCGCCCGAGCCGCUGCCGCACUUCCUGUUUGAACCUGAAGAGGGCUACAUCGUCAAGAACAAGCCCGUCAACCUCUACUGCAAGGCCACGCCCGCCACGCAGAUUUACUUCAAGUGCAAUAGCGAGUGGGUCCACCAGAAGGACCACACGGUGGAAGAACGUGUGGAUGAGAACUCGGGUCUAGUGGUGAGAGAAGCCAGCAUAGAAAUAACCCGGCAGCAGGUGGAGGAACUGUUCGGCCCGGAAGAUUACUGGUGUCAGUGCGUGGCAUGGAGCUCCGCUGGAACCACCAAAAGUCGCAAAGCGCACGUUCGGAUCGCAUAUCUGAAGAAAUCCUUUGAACAGGAGCCCCUCGGCAAAGAGGUGUCCCUAGAGCAGGAGGUGCUGCUCCAGUGUCGUCCACCAGAGGGCAUACCGGCAGCAGAAGUGGAGUGGCUAAGGAAUGAAGAAAUCAUCGAUCCGGCGGAGGACAGAAACUUCUACAUCACCAUCGACCACAACUUGAUUAUCAAGCAAGCCCGUCUGUCCGACACGGCCAAUUACACGUGCGUGGCCAAGAAUAUCGUGGCCAAGCGACGCAGCACCACCGCCACUGUCAUCGUUUACGUCAACGGCGGCUGGUCCACUUGGACGGAGUGGUCGGUUUGCAACAGCCGUUGUGGGCGAGGCUUCCAGAAACGAACCCGGAGCUGCACUAACCCCGCGCCUUUGAAUGGUGGACUACCUUGUGAUGGACAGGCUAUCCAGAAACUGCCUUGUACCUCCUUGUGUACUGUGGACGGUGACUGGACGGAAUGGAGUAAGUGGUCGGCCUGCGGGACCGAGUGCACCCAAUGGAGGAGGCGAGAGUGCAACAACCCGUCGCCCAAAAACGGAGGCAAGGACUGCGAGGGUCUGUUGCUUGAUUCUCAGAACUGCACCGACGGACUCUGUAUGCAAAGUUCAUUGUUUGAGACGUCCAAAGAAAAGAAUGAUGUAGGAUUCACAUCGGCUCCGAGCACGGACGACGUGGCUCUUUAUGUGGGUGUGGUCAUCGCUGUCAUCAUGUGCCUAGUCAUCUCAGUCAUCGUGGCGCUCUUCGUGUACCGCAAGACGCACCGGGACUUCGACUCGGACAUCAUUGACACAUCGGCGCUCAACGGAGGCUUCCAGUCGGUCAACAUCAAAACAGCCAGAUCAGAUCCCCUGCCUAACCUGAAGAUCAAGGUGUAUAACUCCUCCGGCCUGGUGACACCGCAGGAUGACCUGGGAGGCGACUUCACAUCCAAGCUUUCCCCCAAGUUAACUCAGUCCCUGCUGGACAACAGCGACACUAUGAACCUUCGAAACCAGAGCUUGGCUCGCACUCGAGACCCUUCGUGCACUGCCCACGGAUCCUUCAACAACCAGGGAGGACAUCUCAUCGUGCCUAACUCCGGAGUGAGUCUGCUGGUUCCGGCGGGUGCCGUCCCCCAGGGCCGCGUCUACGAGAUGUACGUAACGGUGCACAGGAAGGACAGUUCCAGACCUCCGUUAGAGGACGUGCAGACUGUGCUGAGCCCUGUGGUGAGCUGCGGACCUCCAGGAGCGCUCCUGACCAGACCAGUAAUCCUCACCAUCCACCAUUGUGCUGACAACGUCCAUGAGGACUGGCUCAUACAGCUGAGAAACCAACUGGCCAUGGGGGAGUGGGAGGAUGUGGUGGUGGUGGGUGAGGAAAACUUCACCACGCCCUGCUACGUGCAGAUGGACUCGGAGGCGUGUCAUAUCCUGACGGAGACUCUGGGCACAUACUGUUUGGUGGGCCAGUCGGUAGGCAAGGCAGCCGCCAAGAGGCUGAAGCUGGCCGUUUUUGGACCCGUCUCCUGCACCACGUUGGAUUAUCACAUCAGGGUCUACUGUCUGGACGAUACGCAGGAUGCGCUCAAGGAGGUCCUUCAGAUGGAGACACAAAUGGGUGGCAAACUCUUGGACGAGCCCAAGACACUGAACUUUAAGGACAGCACGCACAACCUGAGACUUUCAGUACACGACGUACCGCACCCGCACUGGAAGAGCAAACUCAUGGCCAAGUAUCAGGAGAUCCCAUUCUACCAGGUCUGGAGCGGCAGCCAGAGGAGCCUCCACUGCACUUUCACAUUGGAGAGGAUGAGCUCGGCCGUCACCGAGGUCAGCUGUAAACUCUGCGUCAGGCAGGUGGAAGGCGAGGGACAGAUCUUUCAGCUCAGCAACACCCUGGAGGAGGAGCUCCAGUGCAUUGACACAUCGCUGAUGGACCCGGCCAGCAACAUUACCACUUUAAUAGGACCCAACGCCUUCCGUAUCCCCUUGUCCAUCAGACACAAACUUUGCGGGAGUCUAGACGCGCCACAGACACGAGGCAACGACUGGCGGAUGUUGGCCCACAAGCUCAAUCUGGACAGGUAUCUGAACUACUUUGCCACCAAGUCAAGUCCGACAGGCGUCAUCCUGGACCUGUGGGAGGCCCAGCACUUUCCCGAAGGGGACCUCAACGAACUGGCCGCCGUGCUGGAAGAGAUGGGUCGGCACGACAGCAACUUCUGCUCGAUGACCAUGGAACACUGACCAGACCACGCGGACAAAUGGCGACGAUGGCGCAGGCCAGGCUAACGGCUAGAGACGCUAGCGCCAUGACCAAAAACGACAACACAAAUGCUUGGAAGAGGAUGUGUUUUGAUGACUUUUCAUCUGUCAGGAACAAAAAAAAAAGAGCGUUCUUACUUCAAAUUGACGUCAAAAGUAGCGGGUUUACAAAACAGGCUACGGUAAGGACGUCGACAUAACGAAAAUGUAAGCGAAGGUCGCUAAGCGCUGGUGUAAAACAGUUUAAGUAGAAAGGCUAAGAAUAAUUUGGAGUCGUGUCAGUGAAAGGCCUCUCCUAUCAGUCGGGUCGCACUUGGAUGAUGCUAUCAUUUGAACGGUUUCCACGACACGUGCAUGGCAGAUGAAAAAAUCGAAUUUAUUUUUGAUGUGUACAUGCAAAUGCAGAUCCUCCCUGGUUACGAGUCAUAUUUUUAUGAUGCUAAUUAUUAUUAUUAAAUGAGUGAAUGCAAGCCAUGGCAAGAGAAACUAGGAGGACUAGGAGUAUUUUUCACAAUGAAUAACAACCAGCAAAGGGGCCGAAGAAAAAGGACGCGGCAGUGAACGCAACACAAUUUAUACACUCGUUUUUUUACCCCCAUAGUUUUAACCCUUUAUAGGGCAUGCAUUUUAUUACUAUGAAUAUUAUAACAAAAAACUCAAGUGUUAUUGGGGGUCAUAAACAGCGUAAAUUCACAUUGAAAUACCCCAAAGCAAAAGGAAGUGAGCAGAAUAAACAGGAAGUAACCCAGAAAUGACCAGAAAAUCAGUAGGAAGUGACCUGGAAAAAGCUUCAAAAUGGGUACUGACCAAAAUGAACAGAAGGUAAGCCAGAAAUGACCGAAAAUCAACAGGAAGUGACAUGAAAAAGACCAAAAAUUAUGAGGAAGUGAUGAAGAUAAACAAGAAGAAACACAGAAAUGACCAAAAAUAUUAAAGGAAAUGAUGCAGUAAUGUCCAAAAAAAAAAAAAAAACAGAAAGAAACGUCCUCAAAUCAAUAAGAAGUGACCAAAAUACAAAGGAGAUUACACAAAAAUGACCCAAAAUCAACAUGAACUCCAAGGUUGGCUCCCCUUGACGUCAAUAGACGUCUAGUUUAAGUGAGAGCACCGCCAGCCAUCAUUUAAACUAAGUCGAAUAAACAGUAGAUAGUUUGGAUGUUAUUGAUGUCAUUGUAAGUGGUACUGAAAGAAUUAACAGGAAGUGACAAAAAUACACAAGAAAAUACCCAGAAAUGGCUCAAAAUCAAUUAAGAAUAGAAAAAAAGUCUCAUAUCAACAGGAAGUGACCUAGCAAUGCCACAAAAUCAGCAGGAAGUGCUCUGUAAAUGCUUUAAUUUAUCAAUUUCUCUAUAAAUUUCAUUCCUAGUAAAUUUAAUUUUUAUGACCAUUUUAUUAAUGCAUACUUGUUCUUCUUAAUGAAUUAUGUUUAAAAUAAAUACAUAAAUAAAUAAUAAUUGAAUGACUUUAUAAUUUAAUAUUAAUGAUAUUAAAGUUCUUUCAAAUGACCAAAAUUAGUGACUUGCACUAUAAAGGGUUAAAUAUGUCGUUCAUAUACAUGCAGUUGGUGUCAAAGGGUGACAUCACUAACUUGACUCUUCAUCUUUGGCGCCAUCCAGUGGCCUUGUUAAUACCUUGAUUUGUAUUUUUAUUUAAAGAAAUCGUAAAUAGAUAAUCUUAUAGUAUAAAGUAAAUUGUAAUCAUAAUUUUUUUCUCAUUGAUAAUUUGAUAAUAUUUUUCUCUUGGUUUUAUGGUAAUAAAUUGGGUUGUAUUCAAGCGUUUAUAAUUUAUAAUAAUUGUUGGGUCAAUUACAAAAAUUUCAAGAUAACAUUUAAUAAUAAAUUCAAUGAAAGAAAAGAAAAGAGCGGAUUAUUUAAAGGUAUUCACGUGAUCAAUUAUUACAAAAUCAUCUGAAAAAUACUAAAAAUAUCUGUUUUGGAUUUACAUCAUUUUGAAGCUAUGUUUGUUUUUAGUUGGCGCUCAAAAUCAGGCAAAGCAAAUUAGUUCCCCCAAUUUUUUUAUUUAAAAUGGUUGGCUAUAGUUUUAUUUUAAAAAAUUCAAAUUAAAAUGGGACAUAAUUUGAAUAAUCCUUGUAUGUAUUUUAAAUGACAACUAAUGAAUAAAAUACAUAUUUGAAAUUGGAAAGCAGAAUAAGCUUUUGUUUUUAGCUCAUUGACAGCGAUAAACAUCCAAACCAUUUGAACUGGGAUGAUAGGCAGUAAACCAACGUUUAUUCACUGCCAGCCCUCUGUUGAAAUGGAUUGGACAUCUACUAGUGAUAAACUAAUUAAAUAUAAGGAUGAUAGGAUGCCACAUGAUUGGAUGUCUAUCACCGUCAAUGGCACUAAAAGAAGUAAUCAUUAUCAUAAUACAUGUUCAAAAUUUUCAAGAGUGAUUUUAUUGCAAAACAAUCCUGAAUUUGAAAUAUUUAUGUUAUUUUUGGAUAAAUUAAAAAAAAUUAUUAUAAUAUUGAAAUUUAGCUAAACAUUAGCAUAUAGCUAACUAAUGUUUUUGUUUUUUUGUAAACUUGUUUUCCUCAUUUCUUUCUCUUUUGGGAGUGCUCAAAAGUUGAUGUGAAUGUUUCCUGAUGUAAGUGCUAAUUAAAAAGGGGUACAGGGUGCGUCCCGAACGCAAACUCGAACCCAAAGGCGACGACAAGGACGUUGACUUUUUAUUCCGUCAUUUUACGAAAUCUGCCAGUCGACAGUUUACCUACCGGACGAACUCUUCACUCGGACUCCGACGAAACAAAUGAAGUGUUGUUAUUGUACCGAAACUUGUAAGGAAAAAAAAAAAGUGUUUUCUAUUUGACAAAUGUGUACAAUCGUGUACUGUCACUUUGAGAGUUACAAAAACUAAAAACAAAAAAAAGACAAACAGUUAUAACGUAGUGUUUGUUUGAUUUCUUUGUCGACUAUGCAAACUGGUUGGUUGUCACGAUUGACGUCUUAGCCGUGCUUGUAACAUUUUACGAUCAGGGGUGAUUUUUCGUUGACACGUGUUGAAUUCUGGUGACUCUUUUGGUUGCAUCCGGCACGCUUUUCAUGACGUCUUUAUGCUCACCUCCUCCCAAUUUCUCUCUUGUUGUUUUCUGUACAAAGUGUAAGAAAGAAUUUUUAAGACGAUUAAUAAAUUAUAUUUAUAAGCAAUG